GGCCUUUCCAUUCUCCAAAGCUGUGGCCCUUACCCUUCCCGCCCCAGCGCCUCCAGAAACCAUUUUAUAAGACCCUUCAGUUUUUAAGUUUUUAAGGUUUAUUCUUAGGAGACAAUAGGGUUGGGGGAAUAUAUUUGCUGACAAAAACGUGGAAAGGAGAAAGUUAUGAGACCGGGCACUGACAGCUUGGCUCACCCAAAAGCAGAGCUCCUUAAUAGGAGGCCGGAUUUCGCCCCAGGCUAGAUCUCACCACCGCCCCCCUCUCCAAUAUUCCCUCACUUUCCUCAUUCAGUUCUGUCCUCCCGGGCAGUAGGGUCCCUUUCUCCAUUCUUGCUGCAUCAGCCAUUCCAUUGAUCUUAAGCCCAACCUCUCCUCCAGCCAGGGUUCCGUUCAGUGGAGGCACCUCGCUGUCCCUCCUCCUCUGAACCCUGAGACGUGCGGCCUUUCCUCCGCUGAGCCUGCCCCUAUGACAGUCCCCACUCCCUGCCUCUUAGGCACCCUAGUGUUCCGCCCUCCCAGUUUCACCCCCUCCUUCCCGGCGUCUCCGCCCCCUGCCCGGCUCUCAGAGAACGGGGAGCUGCUGUCGCCGCCGCCGCUUCGGCUCCCCACAGCCGCUGCCGCCGCCGCUACGCUUAGUCCAGCCACCAGGCCCAAUGCUCUGACUGGCGGACCAGAGCGCUCUGAAGAGACAUCCUCAUUCCUUGCUGGGGGUCCGGGGCGCCUAGCCGGGCGUGGGGGGAAAGCUCUGCUUGCGGGGUACAGGGAGGGAAGAGCCUGGAACCGGAGCCAGCGCCAUCCGUCGCUGGAUCAACAAGACAGGACAGGUUGAGGGGCGUUGGGGAAGAAAGAGGGGGUGUUAUGGGCAAUCCCAGGGAGGACGAGGAAGCCCUGUCGCAGAAACUGAUACGCUCUGACUUGUAGGGGGCCUGUUCACUUUUGGGGAUUGGUGACAACGUGGGUGUACUCCUCUCCUGGGGGCUGGUUGGAUAGGAGGGUGUGGGAUCUAAACAGUACCAGCUGUCCCCAAGUAAAUUAAGGGGCAGCCAGGGAAAAAACAAAACAAAACAACACCUGGAUGCUCCUCAUUUCAAGGUGACAGAGGGCCCUCCAGACAACCAACUGGUAUAUAUACUAGUUAGGGUGGAUUUGGAGGUGACUUCAAAAGGAGUGGAGGGUAACAAGGUGAGGAAAGGGCCUCAGCAGUUGAACCCUGUGCCACUAUAAAUUGGGGUGAUUUGGUGAAAAAAGAGGUAUGGUCCAGAGACAGGGUCUGGGAAUCCUUUUCACUGAAGGGGGACGGCCUGGAUGUUCUGAGACAGUUUCUGGGGAUUUCAGUUAAGAAAAGUGGAGAUCCUUUCCACUUACAGGGUGGCAAGGACACCACAGUUGGGUUCCUCUCUGACAUUGGCAAUGCCUCAGCAGAGGUGGGGUGAGCUAAUAUCUUCAAAGCUAAAGACCUGCACCCUUUAGAUUACAGGAGUAGAUGUGUCAGGAGCGCUGGGCCCUCAAAUAGUGUGGAAAGGUGCCUGGGGGGAUUAGAACCACAUCUUGGAAAUUUUGAGGGUCUUGGCUUUGGGAUAGGUCAAGUGGGGAACAGGGAUACUGGAGAGCAGAGAAUCUGAGAGUAGCUUUCAGUAAGGGGCAAAAAACGAGGGUGGAGUCAACUGAGAGGUAGGUUGGCUGCUGGAUCUGGUGGAGCUAGCUUGGGGCACAAGGGUGGGAGCUGGCGGCUCCGAGUUGGGGGUCUGGGGCUUAUUCUCAAGUCUUGUCGGGACCGCAGCGACAAGAGCAUGCCCUAGUGAGCGGGCUUCUCUGGGGAGCCCAGCGCGCUCCGGGCGCCUGCCGGUUUGGGGGUGUCUCCUCCCGGUGCGCCAUGGCGGCACUGGCCAGUAGCCUGAUCCGUCAGAAGAGGGAGGUCCGCGAGCCCGGGGGCAGCCGGCCGGUUUCGGCCCAGCGACGCGUGUGUCCCCGCGGCACCAAGUCCCUUUGCCAGAAGCAGCUCCUCAUCCUGCUGUCCAAGGUGCGACUGUGCGGGGGGCGGCCCGCGCGGCCGACCCGCGGCCCGGAGCCUCUGCUCAAAGGCAUCGUCACCAAACUGUUCUGCCGCCAGGGUUUCUACCUUCAGGCGAAUCCCGAUGGGAGCAUCCAGGGCACCCCAGAGGACACCAGCUCUUUCACCCACUUCAAUCUGAUCCCCGUGGGCCUUCGUGUGGUCACCAUCCAGAGUGCCAAGCUGGGCCACUACAUGGCUAUGAAUGCUGAGGGGCUGCUCUACAGCUCGCCACAUUUCACAGCUGAGUGUCGCUUUAAGGAGUGUGUCUUUGAGAAUUACUAUGUCCUAUAUGCCUCUGCCCUCUAUCGCCAGUGCCAUUCUGGCCGGGCCUGGUACCUGGGCCUGGACAAGGAGGGCCAAGUCAUGAAGGGAAAUCGAGUCAAGAAGACCAAGGCAGCUGCCCACUUUGUGCCCAAGCUCCUGGAGGUGGCCAUGUACCGGGAGCCUUCUCUCCACAGUGUCUCUGAGACCUCCCCUUCCAGUCCCCCCGCCCCCUGAAAGCCCCCUGGACUGGAGGCUCCCUGCACUUGCACUGAGCUAGCCACCGCCAUAGCCUGUCUCCCAGCCCUGUUCCUGCCCCUGCUCUCACCCCUGCAGCCACACUCAUGCCCUGAGCCAGCCAAGUCCUACCAGGUGCUCUACCCUGAGGGAGCCCAGGGGCUGUCUGUGACUUCUGGGGCUGCAAGAUCCCUGGGCCUGGGAUGGGGUCAGAAAAGGGGAUGUCUGAAAAUGGUCCUGGCUGAUCACAUCUUUCCUUCCACACUCACAUAACCCCAAAGCCUUUUCCUGAGAUGGCGCUGGGUAUUCCCAAACUGAUGGAACCAGGGCAUAAAUACACACCACCAGGGGAUCAGCCAGUUCCUGGAACCCUAUGCCCUCUUCAUUGCCACUGAGCCUAGAUUUAUAGGUCCACUGGAGCUCAGGAUUAGUUUUCUUUGUCCCCUACUUCACCUUCUGCCUUGUUCUGAACAGGUUCUGGAACACCAGGCACCCCAGCCAGGGCCAUUUCUUCAGGAAGGCUCUGUGCUGGAAUGCAGGCAUGCUGCCAGGCUGUUCUGGAUCCAUCGAGCUUCUGUCCUUGACCCAGAUGGACCCUUGAUUUCUAAGUAGAGGGAGGCUAGAUUUGAGCCCUGUCCAGCUGUUGGCCUUGGUCUAAACUGGUACUAGUCUCAGAUCACCACAGAUUUAACUUUC